AUGGUUAAUAGACAAAGCUUGGCCGUGGGUCUAGCAGUUGGUGUACCUUCAUUCAUAAUCCUCAUGAUUGUUUUCAUUUUUUGGUACAAGAAUCAACGUCAGUUACGCAAGGAGGAUCUUGAUGACGACUAUAUAGACCAAGAGAUUCAAAAUGAUGAUAGCAGUUUCCAACAGUUUCACGAACAACUACAUAAACAAUACGAAAAGGGAGAAAAAGUAGAUGAUGGAAUACAAUUGAAGGAACAUGUUGUCGCUUUAAAUGGACCUAGUGAUUCAUCAAAUGGUAGUUUAGAAUCUGAUUUAAAUCAACCUCAAGAACCAGAACAUCCACAACCGGUUUUAACUAGACCACUGCUGAAACAUCCUUAUGGACAACACUUGAAGUAUAUGCCAUCAUCUUCAACAGCAGCAGCACCACCACCACAGCAACAACACCAACAAAACCAUCAUCAACAAGGAUCGCAGUCAUCUCUUUCUUUAAGCCAAACACUGGAUGAAUUUUCUAAUGCUUAUGAUAGAAGUCCUGAUGAAUUUCAAAGUGUGCCUCGGAAAACUAACACACGUGCUGUUCCACCACCUCCGCCACCGCAACGACAAGCAUCAAAUAAGACAUCAGUUUACGCGUUUUAUGACACAUUUAUCCCUACAUUCAACACACAGGAGCCAUCGUCCUCACAACAACAACAGCAAAACUUACUGUCAUCACAUCCAAACUCCACCCACAAUUCGUUUAGUGACUUACUCAACCAAACAGCUCAUAGUUCAUUGAAUAUACUAAAGAGCAACAACCAUAAUCAAAAUACAAAUAAUAAUAAUAGCAACCAACAUAAACACACGAAUAGCUCUUCUGAUUCAAACACAUCACUUCUUCACAACCAUAGUACACCACAUUCACGUGCGCCAUCUACUGAUUUAGAUACAUUGGCAAAACAAUUGAAUAACCCGGUGUUUUUCGAAAAACUUCCAAGUAAAGCAGCUGCAGCUCAAGGAAAAGUGUUUAUCAAGCCACGUGUACCAUCAAAUAACGCACACAACAAUUCGAGUUCAGAAUUGAUCAACAACUAUCUUGUUGGUGAAAACACUGCCAUCAAUGAUCAUUUCACAUACGAAGCACCAAUGGUUGAAACGGCUAAUAGUACUGAUAAUUUAGCUCAAGUGGGUGGUUCUGGUGCUGGUAAACUGAGCCAAGUAAUGACAUAUAAUCAACACCUUGCCACAGCAGCUGCUAAUUCUGGUGCUUUAAGACCAAGCCAAGAUAGAACUGAAGAGUUACAAAAGCAACAAGAAGCCAACCCCCUCAAUGGCCAAAUUGGUAAUGCAUUUGAUGCUAAUAUAUCUAUGGAACCAUUGGCAAUGAAUAAAAAGAAUACAACAACCAAUAAGGAUGAAGAUGUUAUGCCACCAGUUGUAUUCCAAUAA